AUGUCUAUCGACGCCUCCCUUGAUCCAAUCUCCACCCCACAACCCACCAUCCCAAACUCCCCCACCAGCACCCCCGCCAGUCCUCACAUCUCAUGGUCAGACUCAUACACCAAAGCCCAGACCGCCAUUGAAACCCUCUCCUCAAUCCUCCCAUUCAUCAUCCCUUCUCUCUUCUCCUCCGAAACCCCCGCCCUCUCUCUCCUCCACGACCCAGAAAUCGCCGCCCAAAUCUCACGACACCUCCGCCAACCCGACUCCGGCGCCGGGGAUAACCACCUCUGUCGGUGGCUCUACGACACUUUCCAAUCCUCCCAACCCGACCUCCAGCUCGUCGUCCUCCGAUUCCUCCCCAUCAUCGCCGGGGUUUAUCUCUCUCGCGUCGCUCGCCGGAAACCUCUCGCCGGCUUCGAAGCUGUUCUCUUGGCUCUCUACGCCCACGAGACCGCUUCUCGGGAUGGCCAAGCGAUUACAGUGAGCAUUCCAGACCUGGGUCACUCGAGUAUAUACCAUGAAACGAAACAAAGCUCGAGGAACAGUUCUACAGAGCUGAAUCUAACGGUAAUUUCUCCGAGUUUAGAGCCCCAUGGCACUGUGAGAUCAACCAGAAGGGCGAGAAUUGUUGGGGUUGCUCUGGAGUUGUACUACAGUAAAAUAUCUCAAAUCCCAGUGGGUUCCAAGAUUGAUUUCUGUCAGUUUUGUUCAAUCUGGGCUGGUGAAGAUGGAGAAAUGUACAAAGAUGGGCCGGACUGUGAAAUGGGUAAAAUCACAACAGGAGAUGAUACUAUUGAGAAGGAAAGAGGAGAAAAGGAAGGAAGAGUGCCUCUGCCAUGGGAGCUUCUGCAACCAGUUUUGAGGAUUUUGGGUCACUGCCUAAUGGGUCCUCAUAAGGACAAGGAGCUGCAUGAGAUUGCCUGUGCUGCAUGUAGGAGUCUCUAUGCAAGGUCUUUGCAUGAUAUCAACCCUAAAGCAAUUUUAGCCACUGGGAGUCUUCUUAGGCUUGCCAAGGUGGCCUCGGAUUCCACUGAUGAUAUUGAUCACACUGAUAUAACAGACACUCCUGUGAUCACCAUUUAA